AUGGCAAGCUGGAGAGCGCGUCUCCUCUCGUGGUACCUGUGGCUCUGGUGCAAGGGCGACUUCACGUCCGCCGAAGCCCUUCACAAGCGCAUCGCCAAAGCCCGCAAGCAUGCGCCCGACUACCGGCCGCCGCAACACCUGAGCACCAAGUUCAUGGUCGAGGAGCGGCAGGCAAACGGCUACCCGGUGUUUGAGGUCGCGCCCAAGUCAGAAACGCCCAACGCGGCCCGGAUCCUCUAUCUCCACGGCGGCUCCUUCAUGUUCGAGAUCCAAAGGCCGCACUGGACCUUGAUCGCGCUGCUGGCGGAGCGACUGCAGGCCAGCGUCACGGUGCCCAUCUACCCGCUCGGGCCGGAAAAGAAGCUCAAGGACAUGUACGGCAUGCUGCAGCCCAUACACGACGAGAUGGCGGCCUCGCGGGACGGCUCGCCCUUCUUGGUAGUAGGCGACUCGGCGGGCGGGUGCAUGGCGCUCGUGCUCGCGCAGGAGGCCAUCAGGGCCGGCACGCGGCUGGCCGCGGGCCUGGUUGCCAUCACGCCCGUGGUGGAUGCUACCUUUACCAACACGGAGGCGCACGAGCUGUCCAAGAGAGACCCGUGGCUGGAUGUCGUGGGCUGCAUCGAGGUGGGCGAGCUGGUGAGGGGAGAGUGGCCGACGGACGAUGCGCGGUUGAGACCGUUGUUUGGAGACGUGGAUGGGAUGCCGCCCAUGAUGCUGUUUGCCGCGGGGGAGGAUCUUCUCACGCCGGACACGAAGCGGUUUGCGGAAAAGGCGGCGGCUGCCGGGCGCCAUGUGACGCUGGUCGAGGGCCCGGGCAUGAUGCAUGUGUGGCCCGUGGUUCUGCCUCAUCACGACGGCAAGGAGGCCAUUGACAAGAUGGUGGAAUGGAUGGCGGCGAGGAAGCCGUGA